UCUUUCGAAGUGAUUGAUGUUUUUAGGAAAAUAGGGAGGCAUCACUGAUAUGGGAGCUGAGUUGCAAAUAGAUAUGUUUAGGUAAAAGGUUGUCGUGUCUGAGCUUGACACUCCAACUCCAGCGACAUUUCAUCUCUUUUUUCUUUGGUAUGUCACUGGGCCUAAAGCAUAGGAGCCACUUUUUAAGGCCCUGCAGUUCUGGACCGAUACGAAUAUGUUGACCGCGGGAGUGGGCGCUCCAUACAAUCUUCUUGUAUAUGCAAAGCUCUGUUUGAUGAUCAUGAUAAAUUGGGCUUCAGUAGAAUACAAACAAAAUGAUGCAGUGCCUCUCCCUCAAAUCAUCAUCAUCAACUUCCUCCGCAGCACUGCCUCCUCCUCAUCCUCCGCAUUCUCAAGGGAAUUCGACGCCGGACACACCCAGAUCGAGCGCUCAAGCCUCUCCCGCCGUCAACCUCCCUCGCGAAUACACCCUCAAUGUCCAAUCCAAUUCCUACAACGAGAUAUGGUCUCGAAUUCAUCCCACCACCACCUCCACCACCACCACCGAUCAUAACGAAGAGACCCACCAGCUACUGUUGGCGCAGGUGCUUCACCCCAACCGAGAAUGCGUUGAAGACGCCCUUCGAGACGCCAAGUCCAACACCCUCACCGCUCUCGUCAAAGCUUAUUUCGACCAUAGCGAGAACGCCACCCAUCUCUGCCUCCUCCUCCACCAAAGCAUCUACCGUGCACGCCUCAUCUACAACCCUCUCCACGCCCUCCUCGAAGUCCUUCCUCUCGACUCUGACUCUCAGUCCCACUCUUCCCUUCUCACCCAAUCCCAGUGCAAUCGCGCCUUCGACAUCUUCCUCCAGUUCCACGGCCUCGACAACCCUUUCCCUUCCCCCGACUCCCACAACUUCAACGAAAUGCGCGACUGCUUCUCCCAGCUCAAGCAACAGCUCGACUCCCGCAUCCGCAAGUCCCGCUCUCGUAUCCGCCGCGCUACUGCCUCCUCCGCCAUUUGUUUCGUUUGCACUGCCGUUGGGGCUGCUGUUUCCGCUGUUGUCAUUGCCGCUCGCACCCUUGUUGCCGGUUCCUUCCGUACCGCCUACCUUGCUCCACCUCACAAGUUUACUCACAAAGAAGCUGCCCAUCUCGCACAGCUUGACGCUGCUCUUAGGGGCACUUAUGUUCUAAACAACGAGCUCGACACCAUUGACCGUCUCGUUGCCCGUCUGCACAAUGCGGUUGACAAUGACAAGUUACUAAUUCGACUUGGGUUGGAUAGGGGCAGGGAAAAGCAUCCCAUCAUGGAGGUGAUCAAGCAGCUCCGCAAGAGCCAUCUUAAUUUCCGGCAGCUGCUCCAAGAUCUUGAGGAACAUAUAUGCCUAUGCUUUAACACUGUCAAUAGGGCCAGAGCUCUGCUCCUGAAGGAGGUCUAUCUUCAUCAAUCCUUAAUGUCAAGAGAUUACAAACAUGGGCAAGGAGCUCAAUUAGCUGCUAAUUCUCACGAAAACUUUGUACAGAGUCCAGGCUGAAGCUUCAACUGUGGCGAGAGUGAGAGUUCAGAUGAUGCUCUGAAAGAAGUGAUGUAUACAGUUUCAGGUUGUAACUCCUGGGGAUAGUAAGCAGGCGGGAAGCAACAGAAUCAUCUUAUUUUGACUCAAACCAGAACCUGGUCGAAUGGGUACGGGAUUGUCAUCAUUAAAUGUUGAGGCUCUGUUCAUAGUUGAGAAAGAGAUGAGCUUCUGCUUGACAACAAUCGUGGGGGAAGGAACCCCAACAGUGACCCUCGGAAGCCGGUUAUUUAGAACAACAAAAUAAAGCAUAUUUGUUUGCAACCAUGAGAGAAGUCGUCCAGCUGUUUGAUAAGUGCAUAAAGAACGGAUGUGUUAUUUUUUGGAUUGUCUUCUUUUUCUUUCCAUUAAUGUAUGGUGAGAAACCUUGUCAUAAGCCAUUAUUUUUGUCAAUAUCAAGGUCGCUGUGAUUUUUGUUGGGUAUAUACAUACACAGAUACACUUCGGCGAAUCAAUUACUUUCUGGUUGUUUUUUUUA